ACAAAACGAAACAAGAAUCAGAAAAUGAAAAAUCGAAAGUUAGUUCUCAGUCCUAAUGGACUAAAUGGAAUCUACCAAAAACAAGUUUACCAAAACGAAGCAUUCGUUCCUGAUAACGGCUAUGGUUCCCUGCCAGACGGUUUCCCCGCUCAACCAGAUUUGCAACCGGAAAUUAGUAUUAUAAGGGAUUCGAGCGACAAGGGGAUUCCAUUGCAGCAACGGAAACUUCCUCAUCGGGAGACAAUAGGAUUGAAGAAAAGCAUCAGUUUAGUUACUAGUUUUAGCUUGUUAGUCGCUAUGGUAGGUCACGUCUCAAUUUUCAUUACUCCGACGUCCAUCUUUAAGAAUUCCGGUUCAGUUGGUGUAUCAUUAAUAAUUUGGUUAAUUGGUGGGUUAGGGAACCUCUUACAAGCAUUGAUUACCCUUGAACUUGCAGCUAUGUUUCCAGCUUGCGGCGGAGUAUAUCUUUAUGUUCAAGAAAUUUUAGGUCCUUUACCUGCAUUUAUCAUUCUUUGGGGUUAUAACCUGUUAAUAGUGGGUCCGUUUUGGGCAUUUCUUUCUUAUACAGCAUCACUUUAUAUUCUCAAGAUUCAUUUCCUGACAUGCGACCCACCGGAUUUUCCCGUGAGGCUUUUGGCAGGUUGGAUUCUAUUGACUGUAGUGGCAUUGAACUGUGUGUAUACGAGAUUCGUUACGAAAUGUCAGAGUGUCAUGGCAGCAACUAAAAUAAUUACUUUGCUACUGGUUAUCAGCGGUGGUAUAUUUUCCCUCAGCCAAGGAGAAAUAGAAAACUUCAAAGAACCGUUUGAAAACAGCAAGACUGAUGUUGCUUCUCUAGUACUUGCAGUUUUAUAUUCCAUUUUUUCUUAUGGAGGAUGGGCAAUUAUUGCAGCAUUAUCUGAGGAUAUGAAAAACUCUGCCAGAGAUCUUCCAAAGGCCAUUCUACUGACAUUCUUUAUUCUCAUCACCUCAUAUAUACUGAUCAAUGCUGCUUACUAUACUACACUCAGCCCUUACGAGAUAAUCAACUCUUCAUCGGUAGCACUGGAUUUCACUCGGCACAUUUAUGAACCAUUAACUUCGUUGACUUCCGUACUUGUUGCCAUUUCUUCAAUCGGAGCGCUAAUUGCUGCAGUCCUGGCCCAGCCAAGACUAUUGUUUGCUGCUGCCAAGUUUGGCCACAGCCCUACAAUAAUGAGGAUGCUACAUGAACGCUUCAAGACACCGUGGUUAGCAAAUUUUGCCUUAUGUAUUUGGGCUUUAGUAAUGCUGUUCACAGGAGAAAGCCAGCAUUUCAUGGAAAUCCUUGGUACUUUCACUGUAUAUUCUGCAAUUAACAUCAAUCUGUGUCAUCUAUACUAUAGGUGGAAAGCACCUGAUGUAAAGCGACCAUAUAAGGUGAAUAUUUCUAUUCCGAUUUUUCAACUUAUCUUCAACAUCUUCGUCAUGACAGCUGCAAUAUAUUCCAGCCGAAAUAGUGUAGCACUAUCAGUAUCCCUUCUGCUGGCAGCAAUACCAGUUUAUUGGAUUUGUAUCUCCUGGAAGAAAAAACCCAAGAAUUUCCAAGAAUUUCUCAACAAAUCAAGUAUUAUACUCCAAAAAUUAUUCAACAUGAGAGUUGCAGCAUAAGAAAGAGAAAAAAAAAGAGCUCAACAGGAAGCGAAAACCACUUGUAUAGUACAAGUUAUGCAUGCCAGCACACAGACACACAUAUUAUACAUGGCCUGCAAUAUCAUACUUCACAAAGCUCAACAAAGUAGGUCAUUAAUCAUUGCUAGUACAGGAUAUGGGUGUGUUGAAAUUACGAGGAAUCAGCUCAUAUCUAUUUUGUGUGACAUCAGACAAGCCAAGCAAUUAUGGAUAUACUCCCAAGUAUCAAUAGCUGAUUGUAAAUAUGAUACACAACAGACAAGCUGAU